GGAGCCGGUUAGCAUGGCGUUCUGACAGUGCACCGAGUUGUUUUAUAUCUCAGUAGAAAUAAAUGCUUGUGCUGGAAUAGGGAGUGAAUAGUGAAAGGAGCAGCAGUAGGGAGUUCGGCGGAGCGGUGUGUGCUGUGUGAGGGUUUUGCUGACCGACUCGGAGAGCAUCUGACCGCGGUAGAACAUGGCGGAGCACCGCGCUGCCUCCGACUGCAAGCACAAAGCGAGUCUGAACUCGGGCGGCUCAGUGUCGGGUAACGGCCGAGCUAACAGCCCGGCAGCGUGCGGAGGGGGAGGAGGAGGCCUGUCCGGAGGAUUAACCCAGCCUGCGGGGUGGCAGUCCCUCCUGUCCUUCACCAUCCUCUUCCUGGCGUGGCUGGCAGGCUUCAGCUCUCGGCUUUUCGCUGUUAUUCGCUUCGAGAGCAUCAUCCAUGAGUUUGACCCUUGGUUCAACUACAGGUCAACUCAUCACCUCAGCACUAAUGGCUUUUAUGAAUUCCUCAACUGGUUUGACGAGAGGGCAUGGUAUCCACUCGGCAGGAUCGUCGGAGGCACGGUGUACCCGGGUCUCAUGGUGACAGCAGGUUUAAUUCAUUAUCUCCUGAACCUGCUCAACAUGACCGUGCACAUCCGGGAUGUGUGUGUGUUUCUGGCUCCGAUCUUCAGCGGCCUGACGUCCAUCUCCACCUUCCUGUUGACGCGGGAGUUGUGGAAUCAGGGAGCUGGACUGAUGGCGGCCUGUUUCAUCGCUAUAGUGCCCGGUUACAUUUCUCGUUCAGUGGCUGGUUCUUUCGAUAACGAAGGCAUUGCCAUCUUCGCUCUGCAGUUUACCUACUAUCUCUGGGUGAAAUCUGUGAAGACCGGCUCAGUAUUCUGGACCAUUGGCUGCUGCCUGUCCUAUUUCUAUAUGGUGUCUGCUUGGGGAGGCUACGUCUUCAUCAUCAACCUGAUUCCCCUGCACGUCUUUGUGCUGCUCCUCAUGCAGCGCUUCAGCAGGAGGCUUUAUAUCGCAUACAGCACCUUUUAUAUAGUGGGCUUGGUGCUCUCCAUGCAGAUCCCAUUUGUGGGCUUCCAGCCCAUAAGAACAAGUGAGCACAUGGCUGCUGCAGGUGUGUUCGCUCUGCUGCAGGCCUAUGCCUUCUUGCAGUAUCUCAAGGACCGGCUGACGAAACAAGAGUUCCAGACCCUGUUCUUCCUCGGAGUAUCGCUGGCUGCCGGCGGGGUCUUCCUUACCGUUAUUUAUCUGACCUACACAGGACACAUUGCUCCUUGGAGUGGCCGCUUUUACUCGCUUUGGGACACUGGGUAUGCCAAGAUCCACAUACCCAUCAUUGCUUCAGUAUCAGAACACCAGCCCACCACCUGGGUUUCCUUCUUCUUUGACCUGCAUAUCCUGGUGUGCACCUUCCCCGCAGGACUCUGGUUCUGCAUCAAGAACAUCAAUGAUGAGCGUGUGUUCGUGGCACUGUAUGCCAUCAGCGCCGUGUACUUUGCGGGUGUGAUGGUGCGGCUGAUGCUGACAUUGACUCCAGUGGUGUGCAUGCUGUCAGCCAUCGCCUUCUCCAGUGUAUUCGAGCACUACCUGGGAGACGACACAAAAAAGGAGAACCCUCCAGCUGAGGACAGCAGUGAUGAUGACGACAAGAGGAACUCAGGAAAUCUGUAUGAUAAGGCAGGGAAAGUGCGGAAGCACAUAACCGAGCAGGACCGACCAGAGGAAGGACUGGGGCCCAACAUUAAAAGCAUAGUCACCAUGUUGAUGCUGAUGCUGCUGAUGAUGUUUGCUGUGCACUGUACCUGGGUUACCAGUAACGCCUACUCCAGCCCUAGUGUCGUGCUAGCCUCUUACAACCACGAUGGGUCAAGGAACAUUCUGGAUGAUUUCCGUGAGGCGUAUUACUGGCUGAGGCAGAACACGGACGAGCAUGCACGGGUCAUGUCAUGGUGGGAUUACGGCUAUCAGAUAGCAGGCAUGGCCAACCGCACCACGCUGGUAGACAACAACACCUGGAACAACAGUCACAUAGCACUGGUGGGCAAGGCCAUGUCCUCCAACGAGAGCGCUGCAUAUGAGAUUAUGAAAUCCUUGGAUGUGGAUUAUGUUCUUAUCAUUUUUGGCGGAGUGAUCGGGUACUCAGGUGAUGACAUUAACAAGUUCCUGUGGAUGGUGCGCAUUGCAGAGGGAGAGCACCCUAAAGACAUCAGGGAGAGUGACUACUUCACUCCUCAGGGAGAAUUUCGAGUGGACAAAGCUGGUUCUCCUACUCUACUUAACUGCCUCAUGUACAAGAUGUCUUACUAUCGUUUCGGAGAGAUGCAGCUGGACUUCCGCACGCCACCAGGGUUCGAUCGGACGCGCAAUGCCGAGAUAGGCAACAAGGACAUCCGUCUGAAGCACCUGGAGGAGGCGUUCACCUCCGAGCACUGGCUGGUGAGAAUCUACAGGGUGAAGAAGCCAGAGAACCGGCAGGCUCUGGAUCACAAGCUCCGCAACAAUGCUGUCAAACAGAAGUACACCUCGAAAAAGACUGCUAAGAGGAAGCGAGGAUAUAUAAAAAACAAACUGGCCCUGAAAAAAGGCAAGAAACUGAAUAAGAAAUCAGUUUAGUUGCUAAACGGAAACAGAAAAAUGGCAAACAAGGCAUAACAGACUAUGACAAAUGCAACCAGUAAAUCCACCAAUCAAGAAGAAAAACAAGUCGUCUGGCAUCUAACCACCUGAAAAGAAUUGAUUGGAGGCUUUGACCACGUGAUUGCUGUGACGACGCAGAGGCUGUGUGAAAUGGAGGAGGACAGGACCUGCACAGGUUCUCUACCGUUUUUAAUCCGGUUUAUUUUGGACUUUUUUUUUUGUUUCUUUUGUACUUGAAUGUGUUCGUAAGGCAGAUGAGCUGUCCUGUCCAUCAAGAUGGUCAGCUUCUGUUUGUGGAACAGUUAAACCUAAUUCACCACAACGAUAUUAUGAAAUAUGAAGUGAUUAAGAUGAGUGAACCUUGGAGCAAUAGCACCAAAGAUUUUUUUUUUCUCCUCUAAUCCUGUGUUGUUACUUAUUGAUUAAAAAUAAAAGCUGUAGAGUGCGACCUAUGGAAUGUGUACAGUGUAAGACAGUCUGGCCCUGCUGCCUAGUUCCCAGGAUGCAUUAGGAGUGUACGUCACCUGAAUGUGUGAUUAUCUCAGCAUUGCAAAGUACUGAGUUAUUACAGUGUGCUUAAUUAUUAAUCAUUUUUUAAUAGAAUUUCAUUUUCAUUCUUCUUGCAUUGUUUUUUUUAUUCAACUAAUUAAAUACCUGUGUGAUUUCGGUUUCGCUUUCGUCCUGAGGUCUGGGUUUGGAUUUGACUGUUUCAGAAGGUAAAUGCUGUAGAAUGACACUUGAAUCAAAGCCGUACUAGAAUUUUGGGCCUAGUAAGAAUCUUGCUCUCUCUGUUUUCCCACAAUAACAGUCUCGCUCUGUCUGUCCUAAAUACAGGAGAGGUGACACUUGUAAUAGUUGUAGGAUUUUAUAAAAGGCUGCAUUACUAGCCUGGGCACUUAGUUCAUCUUAAAGUGGAUCCACUAUCGACUAGCAUGCAGGUGAGAAGUGUGUAGUGACACCUUUCUCUAGGUUUCUUUUUCCACCUCUGGUAGAUUCUUGGUCAUUCCUGUCAUGCUCAUCAGAUUUCCUCCCUUGGUUUGGUCUCUUGCUCCAUGUUUCUUUUUUCCCCUUUUUCUUCUUACUUAGUAAGCUGUGUAUACUUCAUCUCUUCUUUACAGGCAGAUGUUCUAGUCAUUUUGAGAAAGACGUGUUUUCACCUUAACAGCCAUCUGCCUAACAUCAUAUCUAUUUCAUAAGAAUAGACUAGAGCUAUUUAUUUAUAAGAACAAAUGGAAGUAAAGGGAGUUGAAGAGCAGCUCAUUAUAAAAUGCAAAACUGCAAAUGUAAAAGUUGUUGGAGGUUCUUCCACAAUAUGUAAGAGUUGAUUUAGAAAUUAAAUAUGGAUGCUGAUGUCAGGGUAAGCAAUGCCUUUGUGAUUAAAGACGUUUAUAAAAGGUUCUGCCUUAUCACCAGUAACAA